AUGGCCUCUCUUGGAUCCACAUGUGCAAACUUUGUACAAGUGCCAGGACCCAAGCUGCUUAUCUACCCAGUCUUGGCGCGACUUUUGUUCAUUCCAUAUUUCAUGCUAUGUAAUUUCAAUGCGGAAGACCGAGCAAUGCCUGUCUGGUUCCAAAACCAUUGGUUCUUUAUUAUCGGUAAUACAGUGAUGGCACUUAGUCAUGGAUACCUCAGUUCACUCUCGAUGAUGUAUACGCCAAGGUGA